UUUGACAAUGGAGCAGCCACUGUAGUACUGAACAAGGUCGCGUCGACAUGGGAUUAUUUCAGCAACUAUACGGUUGGCUCGGUGCCUGGAUCAUCAUAUUCUGGUCAAUAAUCAAGUUCUUCCUCCCAGCUCAGAAAAAGUCGCUGGCUGGUGAAAUCGUGCUUGUGACAGGCGCUGGCAGUGGCAUUGGACGGCUUAUGUCAAUAAACUUUGCCAAGCUGGGGUCAACGUUGGUAAUAUGGGACAUCAACAAGGAUGGCGCCGACGAGACAGUAAAACAGAUCACUGAUUUAGGUGGACAAGCCCACAGCUAUCGAUGCGAUGUGACUAAGAAAGACGAAGUCUACCGUCUCGCCAAACAAGUCAAAAAUGACGUUGGUGAUGUCACGAUACUCGUUAAUAACGCCGGAAUCGUGGCGGGAAGGCGCUUUCUCGAUUGUCCAGAUGAAUUAGUUGAAAGAACUAUGGAGGUGAAUGCAAUGUCGAUAUUUUGGACAUUGAAAGCCUUCCUACCAUCAAUGGUGGCAAAGAAUCAUGGUCAUUUGGUUACUGUGGCAAGUAUGGCAGGUACUUUUGGUUCGCCAUUCUUGGUUGAGUAUUGUGCAAGUAAGUUUGCUGCAGUUGGCGUGCAUGAAGCACUGACUGCCGAGUUGUCGGACCUUGAAAUUAAUGGUGUACAAACAACGUUGGUGCAGCCAUUCUUUAUUGCGACUGGGAUGUUUGAUGGUGUCAAGACUGGAGAUAUUCCCAUGCUUGAACCAGAUUAUGUGGCUGACAAGGUGGUCCACGCUGUGCAGGUCAACCAAAGACAACUUUGCAUACCAAAGAUUAUGUAUUUCAUUGCGUAUUUCAAGACCUGGAUGCCAGUUAAUGCAUACAUUUUUCUAGCAAAAGCCACUAAUAGUUAUCGUACAAUGGAUAAUUAUACAGGAAGAGAAAAAAAGGCAACAUAAACAAUUACAGCAUUUGGUGAAGCAGUAAAUAACAUGGAAUUGUUUCAAAGUUUCAGGAUCUUGUAUAAAUAUUUGUGGUCAAAUCAGACACUGUGAAAUAUGAAUGUCAUAAAAACAUUAAAAAGGAGAAUUAUUAAUU